AUGUCUCUGAUAAAGUCUAUUAAAGGAAAUGAUCAACUUCUUCUCGAUGGUUAUCGUUAUCGACGAGAUAGAUUAGUAUGGCGUUGUAAUAAAGUAGAACAAUGUCAUGAUCCGCGAAGAUUAAUCACAUACGAAGCGCGGCUCAAAUUAUCCUCAGAUACGGCUAUUACUAUUCCACAAUGCACAGCAUUACAACAUAGAAUUGAACGUGUUCGACAAGAUGAAGAUAUUCCAGCAGAGCCUAAAACAUUUGCCGAUAUUUCUAUUCCACUAAACUUUCAAAAUAUUGUUACAAAUCAAAAAUUUGUACUAUAUGAUAAUAAUGAUCAUAAUCGUCGAUUAUUAAUAUUUGCCAAAACAUAUGAAGAAUUAUUUACAAUUGUUAAACAGCACGUUGAACAUAAACUAAAAUAUGUAACAAUAGAUUUUGAAAAAGCGGCUGAAAAUGCAUUUAGUGUUAUAUUUCCUCAGUGUGAUAUAUUUGGUUGCUUCUUCCAUUUUAAACAAUUUAUAUGGAGAAAAAUUUGUGAAUUACAUUUGAAAAAAGAAUUUCUUGAAAAUGAUAUUAGCCGUCGUGCAAUGAAAAAUUUAGCAGCGUUAGCUUUUAUUCCACCACAAAAUGUUAUUGAGGAAUUUGUUGAAUUGAAAGAAAGUUCGUCAGAUGUAUUAGAUGGUAGGAUGACGUUUGUAUAA